AUGUCCAGCAUUUUGAAGGCUCGAAGUGCAUUGGCCAUCGUUCGUUGCGAUGUGAUCAUGAGGCAGCGUCGUGUCUUGUUAUGUCAUGGAGAGCUUUCCGGCAGUCCGCGUCUGCAGAUGCGACCACUGCAUUUUGGCUACACCUCUAAUGCAUUUCACUCAAGUGCGGUGGCUUCGCACGGGAGCAUAACACGUCCUGAGCCAGGUACUGGGAUCAAAUUGCAUUUCAAAGAUUCGAAAGGCAGUCCUCUCAAAACAGUAGAAGUCAAUGAAGGGGAUGAUAUUCUCAGUAUAGCACAUGAACACGAUAUUGAUUUGGAAGGUGCUUGCGAGGGAUCUGUCGCGUGCUCAACAUGCCAUGUUAUCCUGUCACCUGAACAUUACGAUUUACUUCCUGAACCAGAGGAUGAUGAGAACGACAUGCUUGAUAUGGCAUUUGGUUUAACAGACACGUCACGUCUUGGGUGUCAGGUCAAGAUCACUCGAGAGCUAGAUGAGAUGAGCGUAACAUUGCCCAGCGCAACGAGGAAUAUGUUUGUAGAUGGCAAAAAGCCUACGCAUCACUAA